GUCAUAACUUCUAAAUGGUAAAUAUUAGAGCUUUCAUAUUGUACAUGAGCAUUUCUUUUGACAAGAUCUUUCUACUGGUACCAAGAUAAUUGAGGUCAAGAUGGCGUUCGAAAGAGAGUAAGCGUGUAGAUCGACGGGACCCUGAACUUGGCUGGAGUGGGCUAUAUUAGUGAUUUUCUACGGAUAACGUUAUGUUGUAAUGAAGAGGGGUCAGUUUCAGUGCAUUUCUUCAUAGUUUUGGACGCAAAAAAGUGAGGAUAAGUGGAAAAUUUAAGACUUUUUCUUUUUUCACCUGUGCAUUGUUUUUCACGCCUCGCUGAAUACUAUCUUUUCAAUACCUAAAAAUGUCUACCCCCGUGACACGAAGCGGUGCCGACCGUAAGAAGGAGAAAAUGACUCUAGAAAAAACAAAGGAAACAAAAGAAACCUCGGAGGUAAGCAAAUCGCUUGCACAGAUUCAGAGAGAUUUAACUGAAAUGAAAACUGAACUGAAAAAAACAAUCAAAGACGAUAUGCUGGAGUCAACAAUUAUGACGAUAGUGCAGAAAUUUUUUAGUGAAAACAAUAAAGUCAGAGAAAGGGAAAUGAUAAAAGAAAUGGACAAAAGAUGUGCUGAUAUUACAGAUAAUUAUAAUAAAAAGUUGGAGAAAAUGACUGCAAAUAUGGACAAUCUUGAAAAGAACGUGCAGAAUCUUACGGAAAAACUUGUCGAGUGUAAAAGAGAACUAAGAGUAACCAAGCAAAGUUUGGAGGAGACUGAACACACCUCUAGAGAGGCCCUCAGGCUAGGGAAUUCGAAUGAACAAUUCUCCAGGAAAAAUAACUUUAAAAUCAUGGGAUUACCCGAGAAACCUAGCGAAAAUACGUGGGGGGUUGUGAAAGAAUUCAUGAAAAACGUAAAAGUUCAACUUGACGACAGAGAACUAAUAGCGGUGCAUAGGAUACCUGGAAAUGGAGAGAUAAGGCCAAUCAUUGUUAAGGUCUUGAAUUCCAAUGUCAAGGCACGAGUAAUGAGAAAACGGUCGGAUGUGAAGAAUCUCGGAAAGGGCAAAAAACUUGUCGACGACGUCACUAAAGCGAACACAAGACUUAUUUCAGAGCUGACAAAAUUUGAGGAAAUUGACUCAGCGUGGUAUUUCAACGGUGCCGUGUAUGCCAAAUUAAAGUCAAAUAAUCCUAAGGUAAAAUUCGAUAUCACCGACGAUCUGCCGACUAAAAUAAAGAAAAACUCAAAAUAAUACUUUUCCGGGAACUUGGUAUUUUAUCGGACUGAACCUUACAUUUAACUCGCCCAAUAGACUUCCGGUAACGAGUAUCAGGUGUUUCACUGCAGAGUGUUAUUCUUGACCUGUUUAUUUCUGUUUUAUUUUAUUUUUUCACUUUUUUUCUUCUCAUGUUUUCUCUUGUUAUAUUAGGCCAUUACUGUGUGAAUGUAUGUAUGUAUGUGUUUCUACGAUUAUUGUUAUGGUUGAUACUGUAAAGGUUGUUACUAUAAACUGUCAGGGGCUUUCUACUCCAUCCAAAAGGCAAGAUGUUUUAAAUUUUUAUAAAACAAGAGGAUUUUCUAUUGUAUGCUUACAAGACACUCAUUUCACACGUGAUAUAGAGGCUUGCAUAGAAGCACAAUGGGGAUACAAAUGUGUUUUUAAUUCUUUUUCUUCCAAUUUCAGAGGUGUUGCAAUACUUUUUAACAAUAAUUUUGAACUUGAAUUACACAAAGAAAAGAAAGACUCCAAUGGAAACUUAUUAGCAAUUGAUUUAAGUAUUAAUAACAAUAGAACAACAUUAGUUAAUAUAUAAGGACCUAAUGUUGAUUGUCCAGAGUUUUAUGAAAAAGUACGAGAAUGUUUUAUAGAUUUCGAUA